GAAUCGACGCUCGCCGCUCUCAAGCACGACGACCAGCCCUCAUUCAUCAUUUGCCAACCCACUUUUUGUUUGUAAGGACACUCUAUUGUAUUGAAUCAUGACUCGCUUGCAUCGAGUCUCAAUAUACUCCUCCGUCCUUAUUUCGAUCUAUCUACUGGUGUUAUUGAGUGUAGCCCAAGAGAUCCUUCCUGUCAUUCCAUGGUGGCUUUUGGUGUCACUCGGGUCGUAUUCCCUCUGGAGUCUCGGCUGGGGGAUGUUUACAUUCCGUGACUGUCCCGAUGCCUAUCACGAGUUGCUGCAGGAAAUCAAUGAAGCCAAAAACGAUCUCCGAAGUCGGGCUGUCACCGUCGACUGAGGCGUCUCCUUCACUUAUUCUCUACACCUUUGUUUGAGACUCGCCUUAUAUUACAUACUUAAAUGCAGAUGUCAUUUAUAUUCGAUUUGAAUGCCGUCCCAUGAGUCUCAGUGAUACUUUAUUCACUUCACCAAGCCUACCUCAGUCCCGAUCUAGUGCGCUAUAGAUGGGCUUUAUGUGUCCUUCAUCUUUUGCACCUCAUAGCUGAC